AUGAGCAGUCUCGGUGAAGCCAAAGGGGUGGAGGUGGUGAAGGUGACCGACGACCACACGUAUCAGCUGAAUGAGGAUGCAUUACGGAUGAUCCUACUGCGAGAUGAGGUCAAGGACCUUCCUGUGGUCGUAGUUAGCGUCGCUGGCGUCUACCGCGGUGGAAAGUCCUUCUUGCUGGACUUCUUCCUCAGAUACCUAAAAGCGCCCCCCUCGUCUCGUGAUAGUGCUGCGUGGCUGGGCCAGGAAGACGAGCCGCUGACGGGAUUCAUUUGGCGGGCUGGUUGCGACCGUCAGACAACUGGUAUCGUUCUAUGGUCGGAACCGAUUGUUACCAGAUUCAACGAUCAAAAGGUGGCUGUAGUGUUGAUGGACACCCAGGGCACGUUUGACAACAGCAGCACGGUUCGCGACAGUUCAACUAUCUUCGCACUUUCCACGUUACUCUCCUCGAUUCAAAUCUACAACCUCAAAGAGAACAUCAAAGAAGACGACCUCCAGCAUUUACACCUUUUUACGGAAUACGGAAGGUUGGCAUGCGAUGAUGAUGAUGAGGCAGCGUUCCAAGUUCUCAUGUUCUUGGUCCGUGAUUGGGCGUACCCUUAUCAACACGCGUUUGGCGCGGAAGGAGGCGAAGAAUUGCUUAUAAAAAGGUUGCAGAUCACUAACAAUCAGCACGCGGAGUUGAGGGAAUUACGAGAGCGAAUCCGUUCUUGUUUCAAAUCGGUCUCCUGUUUCCUGAUGCCUCACCCGGGGUUCGUGGUUUCGGAGCAAAACUUUAAUGGACAACUAGCUGACAUUCGUAUUGAGUUCAAAGAAGCGCUUCGAGAUCUGGUACCAUCGAUGUUCGGAUCUAGGAAUUUGGUGCCGAAGAAAAUCAAUGGUCACCAAAUCAAAACUCGGGACCUGUUUGAUUUCUUUAAGACUUACGUGAACAUCUACAACAGCGAGGAGCUGCCUACUCCGGUUACCAUUUUGAAGGCAACAUCUGAGGUGGCAUUGAUAUCAGCGAUCAGGGAUGCAAGGGAACAGUAUGAAAAACGUAUGGAAAUGAACGCCGGUGCCAAACAGCCGAGUGUACCAGACAACGUGCUUGAAGAUCAACACAAGAGAACCGUUCUUAUUAUUCGUCAAUCGUUUGAGAGUAAAAAGAGGAUUGGUUCACAAAAGGACGCCAAGGAGCAUAUCGAAAAGCUGAUUACGGAAUUAGAAGCACGCUUGCAGCAUUACUUGACAUUGAACAAAGCGAAACUUCAGAAAGCCGUGGUUGACGCGAAACAAGCUUACGAUGACGCAGUUCAGAAGGUGACUAAGGGAGAGCCUCUCUGUCUGCACCCCUUAGACUUAGAUUCACUCCACAACAAGGCAGUGGACGCGGCGGCAGAUUUAUUCGAUAACAACAGAAGAACUCCCGAUAAGGAAAGCGACCCUGAAAGGAUUUCGUUAAUGAAGCAUCUGGAAGGUAAUAUCAAAGAUUUGCGAUUGAAAAACGAUUAUAACAAUAAAGUCUUCAUUAGCGAGGCCCGAAAGUUAUAUGAGACAUUAAUGCAGAAGCACGUCUGCAUGGGAUCGUGUGUCUCUGACGAAUUAUUGCAGAAUUGCCACAGAAAUGCGUUGAAGAAGGCCAUUGGAAUCUUGAAAUCGCAUCGCAACAUCCCCACAAACCAUAGCGAAGAUAAAUACAUCAGUUCUCUACAAGAGAGCAUCGUAGAAGAAUUCCAGAAGUUUCGUUCAGCGAACAACAACGCCAAUAAGAUUGCGAUCCAAGCGGCAGUAUACUCUUACAACAAUCACAUGACUUCAGCCUGGGGACCGCCUUCCAGCUGCUUCCAUCCCCAAGACCUAACGACAAUCCACGAGACUAAUAAAGCAUUAGCCCUGACUGAAUUCCACAACAGCAGAAAUACGACGGCUGAUUAUGAUGGUGAUGACGGUGAUGUAAAUGAACAAAAACUCGUUGAGCUAUUGAGCAGACGUUAUAGUGAACUGAAAGAAAUCAACUCGGCUUCCAACGAUAUGGCAGUUGCCGAUUCAUACCGCGAAUACUGCAGGUAUAUGGACGGGAAAUGUAAGCCGUCGGUCCUGUCUAUAUUAAUUGUUCCUUGGCUGGUCAAGGUGAUCAGACGUCUGCCAGAUUAUCAUAAAGAAGGCAAAAACGCAGCAUGGGAUUACUUCAGAAGCAAGAGACGCAAUUACUCCUACCGUUCCGAUGACAGUUACAGAACAGACCUCGAAUCUAAACUGGAAGAUGGUUUUCAUGAGUAUUGUCACCCGCUGAACGCGCUCACUCGUGAGUUCGGUAUAUGAGACGAUUUGGGAGUGGCAACA